ACUGCAGGCAUGGGGUCUGUCCGAAGAGAAACUUCACUGCGUUAUCAGCGACACUGCUUCAAACAUGAAAAAGGCUUUGUCCGCCUGGAUCCUGUUUUCUCCAUCUACUGAAUCUCAUCGUAAAGAAUUCUGUUUUUCUCAAAGUGGAGUUAACCGGCUUAUCAAAAAGAUCAAGAGUCUUAUCAAGGAGUUUAGAACCCCUGCAGGUAAACGUCUACUGAAUGAAAAUCAAGCAGUAGAGGCAACUCUCAUCAGACCAGUUGCAGUGGACACGAGAUGGAACAGUUAUUACAUGAUCUUCCAGGCCUUUCAGAAUAAAAAAUAUGCAAUAACAAUCACCGCUCAAAAUGCAGAGUUAUCGUUGUCUGCAUCUCAACAGAUGACUCCUCACGAUUGGGAUCUUCUGACCAAAGCUAUUGCGGUACUGAAGCCAUUCUACAUCACCACAAAAGCGGCGGAGGGGGACAUGGUUUCUGUUUCGGAGGUUAUCCCAAAUAUAAAGAAACUGGAUUACGCUAUCAGGAGCAUAUCCUCAAGUGGAGUCGGAACUCUGAAACCCACGCUGCUUUCCGAAAUGUAAAACCAAGAGACUGAAGAAAUCCAAAGAUAGUGCAGCGAUCUAAAGAGAAUGAGUUAGAAGACCUUCGGAAUCUGAAAGUGGAG